GAAUUACGAUUUCUGCCGCUAAACCAGAAUAUGUUUUCUGGAGAAAUCCCACCUACCAUCUCAGAUCUUAGUCGCCUUCACCAUUUGAACCUAGCAGGAAAUGGCUUAUCCGGUGCCAAUACCGUGGGACCUAUCAAAUGUGACAGCCAUGACAAGAAAGUAUGUAAAGGACCCUAUGCUUGACUCAUAUCCUUAUGGUGGUUACUCGUAUAUGUUCUAUACAUAUAAUUUUUCCUCAGUGGUCGUUAAGGGACGUGAACUUGAUUAUGGUAUUGGCGUUUUGGAUUUGGUGAGCGUUGACUUAUCUUUCAACCAACUAACUGGGAGAAUACCAGAAGAAAUAGCUGCUCUUGAUGCAUUGAUGAACUUGAAUCUAUCGUGCAACCAGUUGAGUGGGAAAAUCCCAAAUAAGCUUGGGGCCUUGCAGGCAUUGGACUCACUUGACCUCUCAAGGAACAUGCUUUCCGGCGGAAUACCUUCAAGCCUAUCAGAUUUAACCUAUUUGAGCUACUUGGACAUGUCUGAUAACAAUCUAACAGGGAGAAUACCACCAGGAAGUCAGCUUGACACCCUCUAUGCACAGGAACCUUCCAUGUACAGUGGCAACCGUGGUCUUUGUGGGCCACCUCUUCCAAACAGUUGCCAGGGAAAGAAUGUAACAAGGCAAGAUGACCAAAAAGGGAAUGAACAUUCCUUUGAGCCAAUGACCUUUUAUUUUGGACUCGCUCUGGGAUUUAUUCUGGGUCUCUGGCUAGUCUUCUGCAUCUUGUUGUUCAAGAAAGCAUGGAGGAUUGCUUAUUUCCACAUGGUUGACCAUACAUAUGAUCAGGUGUAUGUGUUUGCCAUUAUUACAUGGAAAAGGUGUGCCAGAAAGGGGACUACAAUUUGA